AGCAGCAGGAGACGCGGAGGAGCGGCAGAGCGAUGCAGAGAGCGCGGCAGGAUGUCUUUCACCUCCUCCUCCUCCUCCUCCUGCUCCUCCUGCUCCUGCUCCCGGACUCUCCCGCUCUUCCUCCUGUUGCACCUCCUCCUCGCGCCGCCGUGCCUCUUCCACCCGCAGCCCUGUCACCUCCUGGCGCAGAUCGGACACUCGGUGCGCGUCGGUGCGCUCCUGCCGGCGCAGCGCGCGGCUCGUGUGCGGGUCGAGUCGGCGCUGAGCCGCGCGGCGGAAGCCCUGAAGAGUGAGCGCGAGCGGGACCCAGACAGGUACCCGGGAUCCGUGCUGCCCUACAACCUGAGCCUGGAGCUCGUGACCCGGCAGCCCGUCGCCGCGGACCCGCAGUCCGUGCUGCGCGCGGUGUGCGAGGGCGUGGUGGUGCGCGGAGUGUCCGCCGUCCUCGCCUUCCCGCAGAGCCGCGCGGAGCUGCUACAGGUGGACCUGCUGGCGUCACACCUGAACAUCCCGAUCCUCAGCGUCAGCGAGCACGAGGAGCCGCUUCGAACACAGGUUCCAAACACCAGUCCGUAGAAAGUCCUGGACCUGGGCUGAGUGACGUCACUCAUGGUCACUGAAGGGGGCUUUUGAAGCCAAUCUGCAGCACACAUUAUAAA